CAAGAUGAAAGUUGAUCAAAUUUGCUCCACGUGGUACUGCAAAUCGGUUUCUAACCAUCGACCAAGGUCCAUAGCUGGAUAGUUGAUUUUAAUCGAUAUAUGUUGAUGCGUUUACGCCAUUUAACAGCAAAAGGACUGCUCUCAAUGGCGAUGAAACCAAGGAGUUCAAAUGGCUGUAUGGUUGGGUGGAUUGGGCGGAUCUUAUGUGUAAGGAUAGGACCAUUGUGAUUUCACAUCUUCCACCUAACCUUUCUAAGAAGGAAAGAGAAAAACUGAUGGCAAUCUUUACCAAACAUGGACGUUGCACUUGGGAUUGGGGAACUAGGGCCCCUAGAGGAGUUCGUGUGAUCUAUUAUAAGAAAGAAUCGGCUAAGGCGGCUUGUAAAGACCUUACGAGGUUUCCAAGGAGUAUCAGGGCACGGGUCAUUCAGUGGACAUGUAGUAACUAGUCAGCAAGAACAAAAAAAAAAAAAAGACGGGUAAGUACUUCAUCUUGAAUUUUAUUUUGAUGCACUCUCCUUGUCCAAUUUUGAGUGUUACCCAAAUAUUCUCUUUCCUAUCAAAAACCUGAGCAUGAUUGGUUAACCAAAUAAUUUUUCUUGUCAGCAAUGGUAUCCUUGUAUCACAGCUUCAAACUCAGGCUAUUAUAUAACUAGUUUUGUUAUAAAUUACUUUGUCCUGUCCCCUGUUCCCAGACUGUAAAUUCAUUUUUCUGUGCCCUUAUGCUUUUGAGAUGCCGGAGGGGGAGGGUGAAUCUGUAGGUCGUGAGGGGAUCAUGUCCUUGUAGGCUUGCUGGUUUCUCAUUGUUUUUGUGGUGCACAUUUUGAAGUCCAAAAACUUUUAUUCUAUCUCUAUGAUGUUGUUCACUUUGUGCCCUCCUCUUUUUUCCUCUGGGUAAAGGUUGCUUAUAACAAUAGAAGAAAGAAGUAACUUGAAGCAAAACAAUACGUUACUUACUGUUUCUUGGGUUUGUUACUUCAAGCUCUAAUACUUUUGAGAGAAUCAUCUGCUGUUUGCAAAAAGCUGUAGUUCGUUCUUGUUGUUCCUUUUGAACAAGUAAGAGCUACAGGGGUGUCUUAUAAAACUAUGCGCUGGUUAUGAUGAUCAAGAGUGCAUAUACAUAUUUUGAACCACUUUGACCUUUAAAUUCGUUUUCCUUUCUAAAAGAGGUGGAGCCACUGCCUUUUCUUUGAAGAAAUGAUGGAUAAGAUUGAAAACUAUGCUGCCAUGUCCGGAUUAGGACAUUUCUCUAUAUUUGUCGAUUUAAUGUGAAGUGCCGCACAAUCAGUUAUUCCUAAGAAAAUUUAUCAUGUUUGUUCUCGAGUAGAUUAGUUGGCGACGUUCAUUCAUUCAGAUCUUGUUUCUUAUAUGUGUAGUUGCUUCCUUUCCUUUUUUCUUCCUCUCUAUCCUUCUUCUUGGCAGUCUCUGUUCGGAUCAUUUUUGUCUGAUGCCAUUAUUGUUUUUGACAGGUUGACUGAUGCCAUUUUUGUGUCUAGUUGGCUGAGAGUACAAUAUCCGAACACUUUUGACAAAAAUGAUUUAGGAUCUCAGAACGUAUGGCUGAUGUAGUUAAUAUGUCAAUGGAGUUUAAUAUAGCUUUUGUGUAUUCAAACAUUUGUGUGGUGGACUUCGAACGUACCACGGUAGUCAAUUAGCUAACUAGUAUUGUUGAUGAAAAACUAAUCUUGAUUAGCUAGGAGAAGGCUCUCCGGAAUGACGAAGGAUUAUUAGUUAUGAUGAAUUACUAUAACUGCUUUUUGGGUUCAUCUGACUUUCUGAGCAGUAUAAUGAAUUAUGAUGACUGCUUUGUUGGUUUAUCUGCCUUUUCUUUAAUAGAGAUGAUGAGUUAUGAUAACUGCCACAUUAAUUUUGUCAUUUGCGUACUGCUGAAUUGCUCUAAGAAUAUUCAAACUCCUAACCUAAACGUUUGUAACUUUGCCUCGUAACCAGCGAUAUUGCAAUAGCGAACAUGAUUUUGUACACCUACAACGAAUUAGUAAGAGGCUAUCGGACUCCCUUUUUUAAGUUUUUUCAAGGAGAAUGAAUCUGGGGGGAAAUCCUCAAAACACGAGUUGUGGUCGUCAUGAA